UAACCGUUACUGUACAUGAUAAUAUCUCUAUCACUUCACAAAAGAAGUCACAAAACUCGCAGUGGGCGAUGGAGGACAUGAAGAAGAGGAAGAUGGAGGACAUGAAUAACGGUCUCCAACUUGCCACAUCAUCAUCGUCUUCAUCUUCACAAGAGCACUUGCGUUCUUUACUUGAACCUCUCUCUAAGCCUCAGCUUGUCGAGCUUCUCUCUAGAGUAGGGUCCCAAUAUCCUUCAAUUGCAGAAGAAAUUAAAAGUAUUGCCAGUGCAGAUCCGGCUCAUCGAAAGCUUUUUGUUCGUGGCUUAGCUUGGAAUACCACUUCAGAAACCUUGUGUGCUGCAUUUCAAGUGCAUGGUGAAAUAGAAGAAGGGGCUGUGAUCUAUGAUAAAGCAACAGGAAAAUCGCGUGGCUAUGGUUUCAUCACAUACAAACAUAUGGAGUCAACUCAGAAUGCACUGAGAGCACCAAGCAAAUUGAUUGAUGGUCGGAUGGCUGUCUGUAAUUUAGCCUGUGAGGGAUUAACUGGAGCGACCACCCCUGAUCUAGCUCAGAGAAAGCUGUACAUCGGGGGCUUGUCACCAGAGAUCACAACAGAGAUGCUGCUUAACUUUUUCGGGAGGCAUGGAGAGAUUGAGGAAGGUUCAGUUGCAUAUGACAAGGACACAAAUGAUUCACGUGGAUUUGGCUUUGUCACAUACAAAACUGUCGAGGCUGCUAAGAAAGCCAUAGAGGAUCCACAAAAGCUUCUUGGGGGGAGAAGUGUUACUGUGAAGCUUGCCGACACCCACAAGGGUAAACCAGUACAGACGCAAAUACCUCCACCAAUGAUUAAUUUAGCUGGCAUACCUUUGGCAGCCGGCUACCCACAGCCUGGAAAAGUGCAUGCCAACACUCCCCCCGUUGGCUACAAUUACCCUCAAAAUGUAGCAUCAUACCCGAAUUCUUCAUACGCAAGUCCUCCUGCGGCAGCUGCACAAUAUUCGACACAACCUCCAAUGUCUUAUCCACAAGUCCCCUUAAAGAAGGACCCUAUUGGAAUUCCACCAACUACACCAGUGGGAAUGGGCGGGUACCCGUUUUACCUUGGUAAACAAUAACCAAGUUCCCAUGCUUUAAUGUUGAAUUAUGGCCUUGUGGAUGCAGCGAGACUGUUUAGUGAAAGUAGGGAUCAGAUCUGACUAGCCAUUUGAGCCACGAAGAAGCAGAAGUUUUGAUAAUGGCAAUGUUGAUGUUGAAGAUGUUAGCUGUAGUAUUUUUUUGUAAGGCUUCUUUGUAAUAUUAGCCAUUUGUAGUAGAAUUGGUGAUAGUUGCACCUUUCUAAUUUUCCCUGUUUAUCUAAAUUUUUAUGAGAUUUUAAAUUAAGUGCUAAAGAUCUGUGUCAUUU